AGACUGGGAUCACUCUCAGCCAGGCAAGCUGAAUGUGAACGUACAGUAGGCUCACUUCCGGGUCAUGUGACUCACCGGCCAGGUACAGAGGCUGCAGAGCACCCACAGCAAAUCUGGUCUCCCUGCUCCCGUCCUCAGGGUGGGUGUUCAUUACACCAUGCCAGAGCCUCUGGAUCUCUCACCCCCAGACAUUCCGGAGCCAACCUUCCUAGAGACCUUACUUCGUUAUGGACUGUUCUGCGGAGCAAUCUUUCAGCUCAUUUGCAUUCUGGCCAUUAUAAUCCCUGGCGGCAAAUCACAGGACACGGACUCUGACUCUCCUGAAGUGAAAAGCACGGAGGUCCUACGGAAACCCAAAUUGGCUGUUGCACCAGCUGGAAAAAAGCCAAAGAAAGAGACAAAGAAGAAGAGGUGAAAGGAUAGAGUAUCCUCCAACUUCACUGAUGAAGCCUUCUCCUGCCAGCCUUACCUACACUGAUGAGACUUCCGCAGUCCGGCUGGCUUGGUUAUACCACUAACCUUGGCAUUGGUGUGUCAGACAUUUCAUAUGGUGCAAUGAAUAAUAUUAGUUUUAUACACAAUUAUUAUCUUGAAAUGUGAGUUGGGAUAUGCAGCUAUUGUAUUGUGCAGUGAAUAUUAUUACUUAUUAUUAUUAGAUCAUGCAUGUACUGGAAUAGUCUAUGAUGUAGUUGUAGUAGAAGAAUGAAAUAAACACUAAGUUUUUUUUCUA